GCAGUCACUCAAGAGCCAAUCAAAUAAUCGUUGGCCGUCAUGAGGAAGUAUCGUUAUUUUUAAAGUCACACCGUGCGGUAGUUUUCAGUUUAGCGCUGCGACAAAGUUGGUAAGUCUUGUCAAAUUAGAAACUGACUGCAGAUGAAAAUGAAGUCUCUAGUUCUACUAAUUUGGUCAGCUUGGUUAAACACUCGAUACAGCAGCUGCUUUCUCCCCUCUUCGUGCGCCUUCCCACCAGCUAAGUGGUGCUCAACCUUUGACUCAUCUAUUCAAUGCGGGAUUUUGAGGCAGUGCCUGGAGCUUGACUUCAUCAAGUCCCGUCAAGCAGCCAGUCCAGUUCAGGUCGCGCUGUACUAUGAAAGCUUGUGUCCCGGGUGCAGGCUUUUCCUUACAGAGAUGCUUUUUCCUACCUGGGUCAUGUUGAAAGACAUCAUGUCCGUUACUCUGGUGCCCUAUGGCAAUGCACAGGAGAAGCCUGAUGGACAAAAGUAUCAAUUUGAGUGCCAGCAUGGGGAAAAGGAAUGUCUGGGCAACAUGAUUGAGACGUGCCUUCUGAACAUGACUGAUAUGGCUUUCCCAAUCAUCUUCUGUAUGGAAUCCUCCACUGAUGUAAUUAGCGCAGCUGACAGUUGUGUGGAACUUUAUGCCCCUGAGUUGAGCAUGGACAAAUUAAAGAGCUGUGUAGAUGGGGAUCUGGGCAACAAGUUGAUGCAUCAGAAUGCCCUGCAAACAAGAGCUCUUAAUCCUCCACACCAGUAUGUGCCCUGGGUGACCAUUAAUGGGGAACAUACCGAAGACCUGCAGGAUAAAGCCCUGUCCUCUUUAUUUCUUCUGGUCUGCAACAUGUAUAAGGGCUCCAAACCUCCUGCCUGUGGAGGGACUCCCAGACACUUCAAAAGUUUCUGUCAGAGUGGGUGAAGAACAGUUUGGGAAAAAAUCCCCUGGCUAGCUUUGUUGCAAUCAACAUUCCAUAACAAUUGUGUGGUUACCAAACAAAUAACAUUGACUUGAAGAUGUCUCUCUUUUGCUUUACUGCAUUUUGUAAUUCACAGAGUAAAUAGUUACUUUAAACAUAAAUUACAAUGUUGUAUUUCUAAAUUAUAAAUACAUUUUUACCAUAAAGCAUGACACUGUACGUUAUUUACACUAAUUGAUUUGUACUGUACAAAUACAUAAAUCUUUUAGUUACAGUUAGAUGGCACCAUAUCUCAAAACUUAUUUAGCCAAUUGAUAUCACAAGUUUUUAGGAUUAAAGUAGCACUGAUUUGCACAUGAGUUAGAAGUAGUCAUGUUCCACAAUUUUUUUGUUUUUUCAAUGAAAUUUCUUUAUUACAUAUUUUUCCUUUGAGAUAUUUUCACAGUCAAUAAUUUUGAGAAUAUUGUUUAUAAAUGUAAUUGCAAUGUAUGUUUAAUACAUUACAUCAAAGUCGAUAAACAAAGUACAGAGGAACACUAUGAAAAAGUCCACCAUCUUAACUGACAUUAUACUUUGUUUUGUAUUUGGCUUUUAAACCUGAAUGCAUGCGGGUAUGCAGAAAAAGCUGGCAGGGUCAAUAAAGUUUAUGUUAGACAAGCUGUUGUUAUGUAAGACAAACUCAUAUCUUGGUAAAAUGUCAAGGCUUGACAGCCUGGUUAUAAUCUGUAUAAUGUAGAGAUUAUAGGCAUUAUUUUAAUCAAAAACAGUGUCUAGCUGAACCAGAAGGUCUGAAUGUACGAGAUCCAAAGAUUUUAGAAUCAGAUAAACACACAUGACCAACGCCUUGCUAUGCAAGCGGCUCUCCUGCUUUAAUCUCACUCCCAGCUACAGUUGCAUCUGUAUUCUUUCCUGUUUCAGGUUGGCCGUCUGAAUCAACAUUCCAUAGCAUUCAUCUUUUAUAGGUCUUAAGUUUCAGUCUGAGAAAUACCAGCAUGGAGUUCAACCAAAAACACUGCAAUGAAUGUUAAGUGUUUAUCAGUGAACAAACUGACAGCUGAGGGUUCAAAAGAGGCGGGGAAAUGGUUACAUAGUGAGUGACAACCCAAGGAAGCGUUGGUGCCACAGACUGCCUCAUAUCUGAUCGUAAAUGAAGUUCCUGUAUCCUCCUCUUUGGUAUUUCCUUCCCAGUUCUCUUGUUCCUUGGAUAAAGUAGCUGAAAGUAUGCGGAGAAAUAAUUCAAAAUUUUUCAACUUCACAGAGAGACAGUGGGAUUCUUCUAAGUUGGCCUCAGGCAGUGAACCCACCCAAGACUCUGAAAUCAGAUGUGCUGUGAAGAGGAUUUUCACAGGCAACCUGCAGUUGCCGAAGCUCUCCUGCAGACCCACCACACAAGAAGGACCUAAGGAUGUGACCCAGUUUGUCCCUGCAUCCCCAACCAUAAAACACUCCAGGAGCCUGGGGACCCUGACCAGCUGCAUAUCCACAGCCUUGUAAGUCAAAAUGAUGGGAUGCUCAAUAUGAUAUAUGCAAGAUGUACAUACCAGUAAUUGAACUUAGAGCUUCCAACUUUUAGGAACAAUGUGCUGUACUGUACAGCACAUUGUACUGUACUGUACAUUGGAUGUACUGUAUAAUACAUUGUCCCUUAAAGUACAGUUGUGUUCGAAAUAAUAGC